AUGCACGACGACAGCAUGCAAGACGAUAUGCUCCUUCCACACUCACCCGCUGCCCAAGCGACAGCCGCUUGGAUGGCCUCUACCAACUUUUCCAACUCCCACACUGGUCCGCUCUCUCCCGUCAGCACCGGCAUGGACAUCCCAAACAUGGACCCAUCCUGCGCUCCGACAAUGGUACACUCCGCAUCUUCAUCUUGCACUGAUUCCUGGAGCACCGGCCACGCUGAGACCUUUGACGGGGACGACGCUGACAACGACAUUGUGUGGGAACAGGACUCGGACGACAUCCUUACCGUACCCAAACUCGAACCUUUGGACGACGACUUCAAGCUGGACGAUGUGAAGGAGGCUCCUUUGACGCCAGCACAAGCUUCUUUGAUCUCACCCGCGAGCCAGACGAAACAGAAACGCCCCCGAGGACGACCUCGCAAGCACCCUGCGGCGCCCAUUAUUAACGCGAGCAAAGUUACCAAGGGCCGGUCCAAGACAGGGUGCAUUACCUGCCGAAGACGAAAGAAGAAGUGCGACGAGGCAAAGCCGAGAUGCAUGAACUGCGAGAAGAACGCCGUCGUAUGCGAGGGCUAUCAUGAAAAGAAGCUGUGGAGAAGCGGCAAAGAAAAGGCAACAACUGACCACCAUGGAGACGAGGAGUCUCUCGUCUUCACCAUGCAGCCCCUGUUCAACGGUGUCGACACAGUCGAAGACAAGAUCUUCUGGCGACAUUACGGAGUCCACCUCAGCAACGUCCUCACUGUCGAAGGGGAGGCCAAGAAUGCAUUCAAGGACAUUAUCCUGCCUUUGGCAAACCUUCACCAGGGCGUGAUGCACUCCAUCCUCGCCAUGAGCAGUAAACACAUUGACUUUGAUACACCGUACGGUGCGAAACUUUUGGAGAGGAACCCGACAACCAACAGAGAAGCGCUGCAGGCCAGAUCGGCAUAUCACGAAGAGCAGGCGAUGAAGACGUUGUACGCCGACAUGAACCGCACCGGCGAGGAAGAUGGUGUCGACCGGAAGACGAUCCUUUCCGCACGUUACGCGCAGAUCCUGUGCCUGGUUGUCACCACAUUGAUCGAGGGUGAGCCACAUGGCGCCCACCGAGUUCAUCUUGGUGGCUACAAGCGGCUUAUCCAGGAGACGCCCCCAGAGGACCCCGUCUUCCUAGCCUUCAUCACCGAAUUCUUCCAAUACCACAUUUACGCAGAUGAACUCCUGUGGCAUCCCACAAACAACUGCCCACGUCUAGCUUCGGAAGAGUGGGCUGCCCUAGUUCCCCUUGACUCGCCCCGGCUCUUGGGCGUUGCCGACGGGCUAUUCCAGUAUCUCUGCCAUAUUACAACCAUCCGAAACACCAUCAGGGAGAACAUUUACAGAGGCUCCGAGACGGUCGUGACAUAUCACAUCCUGUAUCAGGCACAGGAGAUUCAAGAAGCCAUCGAACAAUGGAUGCCCGCUUGGCCGCCCGGCGAUAGCCGGCACCGGGUCGGUCUGGUCUACAAGCACAUGAUGUUCCUGCAUCUAUUCCGUACUAUUUACCCCCCUACAUCCCCCCAGAGACGACCCUCCGUCUUCUCUGUGGCGACCUCUGUUGCCACCUCCAUAUCUUCAUCUUCCUCCCGGCGUCAUUCACAGAUCUCUCGGCCUUCCACCGCUACGAGCUGUGCCUCGUCCCCUGGCCUCCGCCCCACCACAGCGGGCGGGUUCCCCUCGUCAAUGCAACUGAAGCGCGAGCCGAGCUCCCGCGGGCCGUCGAGGACAAGCUCGAUGCACGAAUCCGAUGCCGGCUCCUCCAGCUGCGCCGUCAUUGACGAGCAACGGCCGGCGUCUCCGCCCCCAAUCCGCCGUCCGCCUCAGCACGACAACCGCAUUACCUCGGCGGUCGAAGAGUCUCUGGCUAUCAUGGAGGGCUUCAAGCCGUCAGACCCUGCACUCACUCUACUGCUAAUGCCCAGCUUGGUCAUCGGCACCACAUGCUUCGACCCCGCGCAGCAAGAGCGAGUCCGCGCCAUCGUCCGGUCCGUCCGGGGCUACACUGGUCUUCGCAAUUGCGACCGGGUUCUCGAGGUCCUUGAAGAAGUAUGGCACCUGAUGGAUUUCGGUGACUGGCUCUCCGUUUGGGACUGGCAAAGCGUGGCCAGAAGACUGGGGCUUGAUUUCCUGUGCACCUGA